GUGCCCCUCCCGCUCUAUCGGCGUUUUAGUGAACUGCAACCUGUUUCAAUCAUGGAGAAACAUCUUUUGAUUGCUUCUGCAAGUGCUAUAACUGCAUCGGCGUUGACGGUUAUAGCAUAUCGUUACCUUUCUAAAAGACAUGAAGCCAGUGAAAAUGUGUACGAGACAGAAAAGUUGAUCGGAGAGUACCUUAUAUUUCAUUAUGGCACCGAAGAUGAGCUUCUACCCUAUGGAUUUGGACCGAAAGAUUCGCUUGAGUUUCCCUCGCGAUGUGCGUUGGAAUGUAUAAAACAUGCUGAGGUGAGUCUUUGAUCUUAUAUGAUAACAAUGAUACGUUUUUAUUCAUAGUGUUAAACUGUCAUGUAAUCAAACCUUACGUAAAAAGCUUAUAAAAACGUGCUUGCAAAAAGAGAGAAUUAUUCUAUUCUCAGGAUUUCUUUUCUAUAAAUAUUGGAGCCAGUAAGAGGCUACAGAGCGGCAGAGAAGAAAAACUCUUAUGUCAGAAUUUUUGCAAUUCAUGAUAUUUUUAUGGUCUCAUAAAUAUUGCAUGUAAGGGAAUUCAAAAUCUAGACAGUCUUUGAUUCUGGAUUACAAGCCAUGAAUUCCGGAUUCCAGGCCUACUGAAUUCCAGAUACCACUCGUAAGUGGGAUUCCGGAUUCCUUGAACUGUAUUCCAGAUUCCAAAUCCUAGGAUUCUUGAUCCCACUAGUAAAAAUUUCCCUGAAAAUUUCCUGAUUCUGCAAGCAAAAAGUCAUGGAUUCCAAAAUCCGGAUUCCCUUACAAGCGUUGAGUGAUAUGCUCGGGGAGGCUAAUGCUUGUGGCAAUAAACUUUUUUGCCUUUUAAACUUUCAACAGGAUGAUGUACCAAGCAUAGCUCUGGAUAUUGGCUGCGCUGUUGGCCGGUCAACGUUUGAACUUGCCAAGAAAUUUAAUCAAGUUAUAGGUAUUGAUUUUUCCCAUGGAUUCAUAAAUGCUGCUAACAAGCUUAAAACUUAUGGAAAGUUACCCUAUACUGUGCAAACUGAAGGAAGUCUUGUCUCCCAACAUGUAGCAGCAGUUGACCCAGAUAUUGUAAGUAUAUAAGGCUUUAAAUUAUAAAAAUAAAAAAAAUUGUAAUAAUAAUAAAUGUAAAGAAGAUCAUUGCGGUUAAGUGACAUCGUUAACAGUGGAUGUGAUGAUCUUCUUUACAGUCAAUUAUUAAUUAAUUAUCCAAAAGUUAUAUGGCUUUUAGAAAAGAAAGAGUUAAUGAUAUAAAAUAUAAUUUAAAAAUGGCACCUUCACUGAAGACUGGUGAAAUCAAUCUGCAAACUGUGGUUUUCUUCCUUACUCAAAUCCACUCAGAGAUGUUUGAGACUAGUGUAAGUAUCUAUCAGAUUUUAGGUCAUGUGUUUGCAAAAUAGAACAUUUUGCUAUUUUUUUCUCAAGUUGAUCUUGAAAAUUAUCUCCUAUAAUUCUUUAAAAGAACAGUCCCAGAGAAUUCACACAAAACAUUUUUGGCUGUUCCUUUUUAUAAAUAAAUUGAAAUAAAUAUGUAUUAUUAUUUUUCUCUGUUACAUGUACACAUACAAUAUGAUGUAGCCACAUCAAGGGGCUAUAAAAUCAUGCAGAUAAUUGCAGUUGGCUUUGAAAAAGAGCCUUUUUUUGUCUUUCUCUAAGGGAGGCUGUGCCAGUGGGCAGGGUGUGGUUUUCUAGCAGUGUAGGCUGGGAGUGGGUAAGGAAAUCAAUUGCAAGUACUUUGCUUAGGAGACAGGUUCCCAGUGGCACAUACUCAACCUUAAAAUUUACGUAAUUGCUGCUCACCUUCCCCCGUUCCUGGCCAUAAGUUAGAGGGGAUAUUCUUUAGAGCUUGAACAUUAGAGAUGGCUAUCAGACGACACUAGGGGCAUAUUUCUCCAUACAGUCAAACUCCAUUAAUACAGACACUGAGUGGGCCAUAGAAAAUAUCCAUAUUAACUGGGUUAAAUUUAGAGAAAAUGAAGGGGCUUUCUUUCCCCAGGAAUAAAGAAAACUGUUCAUAAUAGUGAGAUGUCUGUAUUUAUUGGGUGUUUAUUGGGUUUGACUGUAUUUUCUUGGAGGAGAUAUAAAGAUGAUCUACUCAUCAACUGUGGUUUGGUACAUGUGGUUUGUCGUGUUGCAUUUUUACCAAUCAACAGCUUGCAUGACUAAUAAUUAUUCUGAUCAUUGCUAUGGGGCAGUGUUUUUUAAAUUGCAUACAGUGACUCCUUAAAUACCAACUUGACACUUUGUAACCAUUUUUAUCAAAUUUGUUAACUAUUUUAGGACAGAAGUCGUGUUUCCUUUUAUCAAGGAGAUGCUUGUAACUUGCCAUCUGACUUAGGGCAAUUUGGCUGUGUUCUUGCUGCAAACUUAGUCUGCCGUCUUCCUAAUCCGUACCAGUUUCUUGAGAGGUUGCCGUCUCUUGUAGCUCCUGGUGGUACUUUGGUUAUUACAUCACCCAAUUCUUGGAUGGAAGAGUUUACUCCAAAAGUAAGUUGAAAAAAACCUGAACAAAAAACUUCAUUUUGAUUGAAAAAAUGAAAGCAAUUUUUACCAAUUCUGUGGUCACUACAUAACUGGGAAAACUGUGAACACCGGAAAUAUUUCUGGAAUGUUAUUGUGGUGCAAGAAAAAAAACAAUCAGGCGUGAGAAAACUAAACUACAAGCAAGAAUGUUGAUUAGUUUGUGGUUCUGUGGCUUGUCCACAUGUCUUGAUCUUUGCUGUGAUUGGUCGUAACACAAUAAACAUUCCUGAAAUGUUUCAAGUGUUCACGGUUUUCCCAGUUGCACUGUAAAAGUGAGACUACAUGUGUAUUUAACUGAAAUGGGAUUAGAAACUUUUAUAUGAAAAUGAAAAUUGGAUUACAUAGAUAGAUGUAGGAUAAUGAGUGGCUCCAUAAAAUAUCAAUACCUCUGCCACAGACCCAGAUUUUUUCCAUGCAACCCCUCCUCUCUGCUCCAAUUUUCCAAAAACAGCCUCAUUGAAAAAACCUAUCCUCUGUCCAAAUUCCUAACUUUGCACCCCCUGAAAAUAUUUUCAUAAAGACCACCAAAAUGCAAAUGGUAAAGGUGGUAAAAUUUUCCAAUCUUUUAUAAUUUUAUUAAUUUAAGUAUUUUUUUGUUAACUUUGUGCAGAAUCUUUGGCUUGGGGGCUUCAAAGAUGCUGAAGGAAAAAAUGUGACUGGACUAGAUACCCUUAAAAGGUGCCUUGGACCAGACUUUGAGCUGAUAGAAGAUAAACCCAUGUCAUUUUUCAUAAGAGAAACAGCACGUAAAAACCAGUGGACUGUAGCCCAUGCGUCCAUAUGGAAGAGAAGAAAACCUUGAUUUGACUUAACAAUGACAUUACAAAAACAAUGAAAGGACCUUAUCAGGAACUAACAUAAAAGAAAAUUUGUUUGUUUGGAUUUAUUUAUCGUGCAUUGUUGAGGUCCUUCCUGCAUGCAAGUCUCACAGAUUGCAGUGCAAUAAUAAAGGACUGUCAGUUCAGAGAGUAAUGUGUACUCCCUCUGCAAUGUUGUGAGAAAACCAACAGAGCCACUAACCCAAAAUAAUCUUCAACAUACAACCCUGAGUGCCUGACAUCUGUUUUGAAAGUUAUUCAUGUCACCACGAUACCAUCCUAGGUAACUAUAAUGCUUUUUAUUUAACUUGCAGACUUAGAUAUGAACAAUUUGCUGCACCUUCUCUGACAUUUUUCACCAAUAAAUGUUGUAUUCUAUAACAUCGCACUCCAGACAGUUCACAAAGUAUCUAAAUUAUUACCAAUUAUUAGCUGGGGUCUGGGCACUCAAACCAAAAACUCUUUGUCAGGGGUAAUUUUCGGAGAAAAAAGUACCGUAUUUUAUCAGCUGAUAUAAGCCGAGCAAUUUUUACACAAGUAUAGCCUAACUUGAAUUAGAUAAUUAACUGGUUCUUUCAUUUCACUUUAGCAGAUUUUAAAAGCUAAAUGUGAUUCAAAUUUUUCAUGAGCUCUUAUACGUUUUAAGAAAUGGAUCUCGGCUUAUAGCUGAAUGUUUUGUGUUUAUGUUUGAAGACGAUUGUCUCAAGUGUAAGAGUUAAAAGUUUCUAAUGGGCUCGGCUUAUAACUGAUAAAAUGCAGUGUAUUUAAAAGACUACUUUGAAAGCAGAAAACAGCAAGAGACAUUAAAACUUAUCCUACAGCCUGUUUAGCAAAUAAGUUGCUUUAUUUCUAUUUUAAAGACACUCAAUAAUGCUGAAAACACC